UCACGUCACUUCUGGAUGUCAAUAUGCGGCUCGGUGCGGCGGCGCUGGGAAACACAACCGCUGGGAAGAAGUAAACCCAAGUAACCGGGGACGACCAGCCUCAACGAAGACGCUAAACCUAACACCCCCCUCCCCUCCGAGGAAACGGUAGCUUCAUCCCCCCUUGAGCGGAACCACACACGGGCGGAGGGUCUCUGUCGGGUCGCUGUCCCCCCCCCCGAGCCGAAGCGGCGGAGCGCCUGCCUCGAAGCAGCCAUCUUUUGUGAGAGAAUGUACGGGGCGACGCGGCGGGCCUGCUCGGGCUCCGGCCGGGGCCGGGGCCGGGGCCGGGGCUUGCUGAUGCUGACGACCGCCCUCCUGCUCUCGGUCCUCGGGCUGCUGUCCGGGCUGCCCGGUGUCACCGAGGCGAAGGAAUGCGACAAGCCGUGUAUGAACGGACAGUGCAACGCCGCCACUGGCAGCUGUGUUUGCUUCCCCGGCUGGGUCGGGGACCAAUGCCAGCACUGCGGAGGGAGAUUCAGGCUCACAGGACCCUCUGGUUUCCUGACUGAUGGUCCCGGGAACUACAAGUACAAGACCAAAUGUACUUGGCUCAUCGAAGGACAGCCCAACUCUAUUCUACGAUUGAGGUUCAACCACUUUGCCACCGAGUGCAGCUGGGAUCACCUGUAUGUGUACGACGGCGACUCCAUCUACGCCCCCCUCCUGGCCGCUUUCAGCGGUCUGAUUGUUCCUGAGCGAUACGGGAAUGAGACGGUCCCUGAGGUGGUGUCUCAGUCCGGCUUCGCCCUGUUGCACUUCUUCAGUGAUGCCGCCUACAACCUGACAGGCUUCAACAUCUCCUACAGGGUGAACACAUGUCCCAACAACUGCUCCGGCCGCGGCGAGUGCCGCGUGGGGAAUUCCACCUCCUCCGUGUACUGCGAGUGCGACGCCAACUGGAAGGGCGAAGCGUGCGACGUCCCCUACUGCCUGGCCGACUGCGGCUCCCCGGAGAGGGGCGACUGCGAGGGCAAGAGCUGCGUCUGCAAGCCCGGAUGGCAAGGUCCAGACUGCUCCGUUUCGGUCCCCGCCAACUCCUCCUUCUGGACGAGGGAGGAGUACGCCGAGGCCGGUCUGGCCAGGGCGUCCCACAAGGCCGUGGUGGAUCAGGGCGUCAUGUGGGUCAUCGGAGGCUACGUCUUCAACGCCUCCGACUAUCACAUGGUCAAAGCGUAUAACCUCAGCAACAAGACCUGGCUGAACCUGGACCCGUCCGUCAACACGGUCACGCCUCGAUACGGCCACUCGCUCGCUCUGCACGAGGGAAAGAUCUACAUGUACGGAGGAAAGAUUGACUCCACGGGGAACGUCUCCAGCCAGCUGUGGGUGUUCCACAUCCAGAACCAAACCUGGGUCCUCCUGAACCCCCGAGCCAAGGAGCAGUACGCCGUGGUGGGGCACUCGGCCCACAUCGUGCCUCCCUAUCUGGAGGGGGACAGUCCGGUCAUGCUGGUUCUGUUCGGACACUGUCCCCUGUACGGCUACAUCAGCCAGGUGCAGGAGUACAACAUCGCGAAGAACACGUGGAGCGUCGUGAAUACGGACGGCGCGCUGGUCCAAGGCGGCUACGGCCACAGCAGCGUCUUCGACCCCGGCACCAGAGCCAUCUACAUCCACGGAGGCUACAAGGCCUUCAGUGCCAACAAGUACGGACUGGCCGGGGACCUCUACAAGUUGGACGUGGACAAGAGGAAAUGGACCAUUCUGAGAGACAGCGGCUUCUUCCGCUACCUCCACACGGCGGUGAUCGUGAGCGGGACGAUGCUGGUGUUUGGAGGGAACACGCACAACGACACGUCCAUGAGCCACGGCGCCAAGUGCUUCUCCGCCGACUUCCUGGCCUACAACUUGGCAUGUGACGAGUGGACGACGUUGCCUCGGCCGGACCUCUACCACGACGUCAACCGCUUCGGACACUCCGCAGUCUUCAGUGACAGCGUCAUGUACGUGUUUGGCGGCUUCAACAGCCUGCUGCUUAGCGACGUCCUCAUGUACACCUCGCCCAGCUGCUCGGCCUUCUCCGGCGCGGCGUCCUGCACCCAGGCCUGGCCGGGGAUCCACUGCGUCUGGAACAGCACCGAGGAGACAUGCCAGCCGUGGGACGGGAGCGCCGUCAUCGGCCCCGAACACCAGCAGCAGCUCUCGGCCUCCUGUAACACCAGAUCAUAUGUGGAUAAUGAGCGGUGUGACCAGUACACAGAUUGCUACAGCUGCACGGCCAACACCAACGGCUGCCAGUGGUGUUCGGUCCAGUGCGUGUCUUUGGGGAGUAACUGCACCUCGUCUUCGGGGGCCGUGGCGGAGUUCGAAGUCUGCCCCAAGGACAACCCCUCGUACGUGUGCAACAAGAAAACCAGCUGCAAGAGCUGCGCCGUGGACCAGAACUGCCAGUGGGAACCUCGCAACCAGGAGUGCAUCUCGCUGCCAGAGAACGUGUGCGGAGAAAGCUGGCACCUGGUGGGAAACUCCUGCCUGAAGUUCAUCACGGCGAAGGACUCGUACGAUAACGCCAAGCUGGCCUGCAGGAGCCACAACGCCGUCCUGGCUUCGCUCACCACUCAGAAGAAGGUCGACUUUGUUCUGAAGGAACUGCAGAUGAUGAGCGUGAUGUACAAGGCCACGGUGACGCCCUGGGUGGGGCUCAGGAAAAUCAACGUGUCGUACUGGUGCUGGGAGGACAUGUCGCCCUUCACCAACACCACGCUGCAGUGGCUGCCCGGCGAGCCCAGCGACGCCGGGUUCUGUGGCUACCUGGCCGAGCCGGCGCCCAGUGGACUGAAGGCGCAAACCUGCAUCAACCCGGUGAACGGCAGCCUGUGCGAACGACCAGCCAACCACAGCGCCAAGCAGUGCCGGACGCCGUGCGCCAUGAGAACCACCUGCAGCGAAUGCACCAGCAGCAGCUCCGAGUGCAUGUGGUGCAGCAACAUGAAGCAGUGCGUCGACUCCAACGCCUACGUGGCCUCCUUCCCGUUCGGCCAGUGCAUGGAGUGGUACACCAUGAACACUUGUCCACCUGAAAACUGUUCCGGCUACAGAACGUGUGGCCAGUGUUUGGACCAACCAGGCUGCGGCUGGUGCACGGACCCCAGCAACACGGGUAAAGGUCAGUGCAUCGAGGGCUCGUACCGCGGACCCUUCCAGACCUCGGUCCCGGCCCCGUCCACCCUGCCCGGGCUCCCCGCCAGCCCCCAACCGGCCCUCAACGCCAGCAUGUGCCCCAGCGAAGCCAAGUACAACUGGUCCUUCAUCCACUGUCCGGCCUGUCAGUGUAACGGUCACAGUCAGUGUGUCAACGAGAGCGUGUGCGAGAAGUGUGAGGACCUGACGACCGGGCGACACUGCGAGAGCUGCAUCUCCGGUUUCUACGGAGAUCCCACCAACGGGGGCAGCUGCCAGCCCUGCAAGUGUAACGGCCACGCCAGCAUGUGCAACCCCAACAAUGGCAAGUGCUUCUGCACCACCAAGGGCAUCAAAGGAGACCGAUGCCACCUGUGCGAAGUCGAGAACCGUUACCAAGGCAACCCCCUCAAAGGAACAUGCUACUACACGCUCCUCAUCGACUACCAGUUCACCUUCAGCCUGUCGCAGGAGGACGACCGCUACUACACCGCCAUCAACUUCGUGGCCACACCUGAGGAGCCAAACCGUGAUCUGGACAUGUUCAUAAACGCCUCCAAGAACUUCAAUCUGAACGUAACCUGGGCCACUAGCUUCACCGCAGGCACGCAGUCCGGAGAGGAGAUUCCCAUCGUCUCUCGGAGCAACAUCAAGGAGUUCAAAGACAGCUUCUCCAACGAGAACUUCGAUUUCCGCAACAACCCCAACAUCACGUUCUUCGUCUACGUCAGCAACUUCACGUGGCCCAUUAAGAUUCAAAUCGCCUUCUCCCAGCACAGUAACUUCAUGGACCUGGUGCAGUUCUUCGUCACGUUCUUCAGCUGCUUCCUGUCCCUGCUCCUCGUGGCCGCCGUGGUUUGGAAGAUCAAACAGAGCUGCUGGGCGUCACGGCGACGAGAGCAACUGCUGAGGGAGAUGCAGCAGAUGGCCAGCCGGCCUUUUGCCACCAUCAACGUGGCCUUGGAGACAGACGAAGAGCCGCCUGACCUGAUAGGAGGAAACGUCAAGUCCGUCCCGAAACCCAUCGCCCUCGAGCCGUGUUUCGGCAACAAAGCCGCCGUGCUCUCCAUCUUUGUUCGGUUACCCAGGGGCACCGGCGGCAUCCCUCCUCCGGGACAGUCUGGUCUGGCGGUGGCCAGCGCGUUGGUCGACGUCUCUCAGCAGAUGUGUGUGGGCUACAAGGAGAAGUCUGGAGGCCUGAGGAGCCGUAAACAGCACCCGACAGCGCAGCCCUCCACCUGCAUCUGACCACCCCACCCCCACCCUCCCCGCUCCCCGCUCCCCCUUCCCCGCUCCUCUUCUACCGCCCGACACCGACGCUCUCCCAUCGGCCUCCCGCCUCGGCCCCCUCCGUCAGAGACUUCCACCAGCUCUGCUCUGGCAGGGAGAGGUGCAUGCUGGGACGUUGUGGAGAGGGGCCGAGCCUCGUGGACGGACUGACGUCUCAGCGGCCUCCCCCUCCCUCUCCUCCUGCAGGAUAUUUGGGUCCUUUUGAACUGAAUGACAGAAACUGGACACGGAGGGAGGGAUGGAGGGAGGAAGGGAGGGAUGGAGGGAGGGACAGAGCGGGUGCUUACUCCUCCCCCCUCCCCUCUCCUUAAAAAAAAAAGAAAAACAUUUUACAUUCGUCGACACCGCCUCGUUAGAGUCGAGGCGGCCACGGCUUGCUGCUAGAAGAGAUCCUCGUCUCGUAGGUUUUGAGAAAUCCAGAGACUUUGCAACCCUCGAUGUUUUCCUUUUUUUUUUUUUUUUUGAUUUUUGAUUUUUUUUUUUUUUUUUAAGUUAUUGUUGUUCUUUGUUCGGUGUUGAUGUUGUUUUAAAGGCAGGAACAAAAUGCUUCACUGCACAUGCACACACUAAACAUAAAUCACACACUUCCCAAAAACCAAAACCCCAUUUGUAGCCCGUUGGCCCUCGGUCUGGCCCCAUGUCUGGCUCCCGUCUGGCCCCCGUCUGGCCCCCGUCUGGCCCCCGUCUGGCCCCUGGUCUGGCCCCUGGUCUGGCCCCUGGUCUGGCCCCUGGUCUGGCCUGGUAGCGAGCUAACAGCAUGUUCAGUCUUCCUUUUAAUAAGGAGGUUGUGACGUUUCUGUUCUGCCUCUGUAUCUCCUCCUCCCAUCUCUCUCUCUCUGGCCCCGCCCCCUUCUUAGAAACACCUCAUUGCACAAUUGAAACUUUUCCAGAUAAUAAUUACUCCUCCAGCUACGUCGCAGGUAUGCUAGGAGCUCUGUCUCAGACACAGACAGCUGGCGGCAUUGGAAGCCCUGCGGUGUUUGUCCUCUUGCCUCAGCCUCAUGUGGAACAGGCUUCCUAUAGAUCGGACCGAUUGACUGGAGUGAUUAUUCUGAAGCCGGGGGGGCGACCUUUCAGCUUCUGUAAUCGUUGCCCUAAGAAAUCCAUGGCCUCUAAUUACAGCUCCCUUGUCCCCCGGUUUCAUCUCCCCUCCCCUGUCUUCGUCGAAACGCCGCCGUUCGAUGGCGAUUGUUUCCAUCUGCGUCGGCCCAAUUAGCUCCUGCAGCCGUGACGUCCGUGUUCGUAUCAAUGCAGCUGCAGCGGAGGCUUUCAAUGGUACCGGGCUCUCAGCGGGAAGGAAGGGCCUGCUCCCCCGGUAGCACCUUUCUUCCCUAAACGGGACGUCUGAAGUGGCCACAUCCUGCAGACAGAAAGAAAAGAACAUCACCUUUUCCUUACAUGAUCUCCUCGCCUCGUCUCUCGGGGCUUUUUCCCGUAUUUGUGCGAGUUUGCUCUAAAGCCUUUUUCUAUUUCCUCCACAUCUCUUCUUAUUUAUCUGCUGUACCUGCUCGGCCCCUUAUCUGAAAUCGCUGGUUCGCUUUUUUUUUUUUUUUUUUUUUUUUAUUGUUUUAAGAAGCACUGCCUCUGCCUUUUUGUCAGCAGUGGGGAAAAUGAGGGAAGAAUAAAAAAGAAAAGAGCGGCUGCUGGUUGGAAGCAGCUGAAGUAGCACCAGGAGUUUUCUUUUUUAAGGCUGUCAGAUUUGAGUCUCGUGCCGUUUCAUCUUCACUCCACCGGUCUUAAAAUAGAUCGUUGUUCGUCAUCUUUGCAGAAUACGCCGUCUACAGUGGCGCACUACCACCACCACAUAACACCUGCAGGCCUUUGACUGGAGGCGCAGACAAACACCAAGACCGAAGAAAAGGUUAUUAAGUCGCCGCCCUCGGAGUUCCAGCGGUAAUAGAACAAUUUAAUAAGUGGCGUUUUUUUCUUUUUUUUCCGGUUCCAGGCUCCUCUCUCCCUCUCUCACACGUGCUCAACGCCUGGUUAAAGGCCACACUUUUAGCACCCGGGAAAAGGUCAGAGCAGGAAGCAUGAACAAAGUUGACAUUCUGUUAUUAUAGAGCAGCGCAGCCCCACUCGGCGAAGCACCGCGGCGUUAAGGAGCCGCCUCCAUUCGUCAAAGCACUUCACUUGCACUUUGCGUUAUCAGGUUUUUCUUUCCUUUUGUUUUUACUCUUCCCUCCAUUAGAGUAAUGUUUAUCAGCCUUCCGUUCUGUUGCAUCUGCACGUGACGGAGUAGGAUCUUUCAUUUAACACCUGUUCCUCAGGUGUGCACCAGAUCUCCAACAACCAUUCUGAAACCAGAAACCGUUUCUUUCUUUGGACGGUAAAAUAUCACACAUCAUGUUUGCAGGCUCUGUGGUUAGGAAGGGAACUCUGUAUUUGUGUGUUUUGUUUUGUUUUUUUUAGGCCCCACUCCAGCUGACUCCAGUUAAAUUCACUUUGCAAAGAGACCAAAUGAAAUAAAAGCUUCAGUUCGUUUGUGAUUGUUUCAAAUAAAAAGACGAAGCAAAAACCCUGAGAGGAAGAAACCAGGGAAGCUAGAAUUAAUUCCUGACCCCGUCUCUGUCUCCGCCAUGUUCAUGUUUAACACAAGGCACAAGCUCUAACCCGCUUCAUUGCGUUCUCCUCUUAACAAUACGCGGCGAUGGGAUUCAUGACCACGUCUUUAAUCGCCAGAUCUCAUUUUGCGAAGGAACUGUAUGGAUCUGUUGUACGACUGAUUCCACAAGAAGAGAAGAUUGUGUUGUUUUUUUCUUUUGUGUAUUUUUUCUUGUUUUAUUUUCUAAAUGAAUGUAAAAUGAAAAAUCGUGGAACUGGAACACACGGAGGUUUUGGAGGUGUGACUGUGAGUCUCUGUGCGGGUGUCUGGGGCGGUGCAGUGAUCCUUUCAGUUGUAAACGUGUAAAGACGACGGGUGAUCUCCUCGGCGCACAUCCUCCCUCUCAACACAUUCGACGCCGGGUUUCCUGCACAAGUCGUCAAACUUUUAAAGAUUUUUAACUUCACUUCCCAACUUCCGAGGUCCCCCUACACAGGCAGUUCCAUUUCUCUCCUUAUUUAUUUCUUUUUUUGCUGAUUAGGCGUCUUCUCGGGGCUGUGUGGGCGUCCACAUUCAACCUAAAAAUCUGAAUCAUGCUGUUGUUGACUUUACCAGCUUCCUGAUCCUUUUCGGUGCUGCCUAAUUAAUUACAGUCCUGGGCUUCGGGCCUGGACUCUGGACUCUGACAGGAUAAAUUUGAGUCUUCCUGCCACAUGUAUCUCCACACAACCUGAGAAGAAUCCAAUUACAGACACACUGACGCCUCCCAGGCUUGGUUUGGUUCGCUUUAGCUGACAAACUCCUAAGCCUAGCUAAGGUUUUUUUUACUGUCUGGUUGCAGCGUUAAAGGUGCCCAUCUUUGGAGGUUUGACCAAUGAGUUGAAUGCAUUUUUAUUUUCCUCAUAAAACAUUUAAAAAUCGUCCAUUUUUUAUUUUUUUUUUUUAAACCAUACUUUAAGAUCAAGGGGUGUUAAACUCAUUCAGCCCAAUUUGAUUUCAGGUGAUGCCGAACCUGUAAGAUAGGAGUGUAAUAACCUAUCAUUAAUGACAACUUCCAGAUUUAUUCCAUUUGCUUUAGUGCAAAGAAGAGAAGGAAUUAAGAGACUGUUUUGUGCCGUUGGGUUAGUGUAAAACUGUGUCUUCUAUGUAACUUUCACGCUUUGCAAAUUCAUUCUGAGCGCCGGAUUAGACCCUCUGGUGGGACAGUUUUAGCCCGCGGGCCGUAUGUUUGAUACCUGUGCUUUAGAUCUAUUUAUUAUUAUUAUUGUUAUUAUUAUUGCUGCAUUUCUCGGCUCAUUACUGCCCCCUAUAGACGAGGAGAAUAGCGUGAAAUCAUGCAUGUCAUCUCCUGCUGCUCCAUACUGACACCCAAGUGUCAGAGCCUCCACGGGGCACCUUUAAUCUGCCUCCUCAUACAAACCCGACAUUUUCCACGACCAAACCGGUGGGAGGCGUUUUUUUUGUUUGUUUGUUUGUUUGUUUUUUUAUUGUGAGGAAGCUUUGCUGUCCUUAAAACCCCAUUCUUGCUCUGAGCCUGGACGCUGCUGCUGCUGCUGCUGCUGCUGCUGCUGCUACCUUCUUGUUUUGUUGGUGCAUCCGUUUUAAAUAUUGUUUUGAGGAACGGUGGCAGGAGCAGAGCUGCUGGCAGAUGAUGUUUAGCAGUAGGUGGAACAGAACUCCCACACAGGAUCAGCAGCUUGUACCUUCGGCUGUGCCAGCGUGGCCUCGAACGCUGAGGAAUAACUGAGAAUGUGGCUCUAAUGUGUGUCUCAAGCCUUCAAAUCCAAACUUAAGAGCACAAUACAAACCUUUUUUUUUUUUUUUGCUCUGUGCAGAGAGAGCUGGUGCUGGGAGGUUGCUCUUUUUUUUUAAACCAUCAACCCUCUUGGUAAAUGUUGCGUUACGGGGAUUCCUAAAGUUCAGAUUUUCUGGAUGAUUACUUCUCGCCAACAUCUGGAGCCGCCCGAGUGUGAAGUGUCUGAGAGGGAGGGUUUUUGCAAAGGGAAACGCGUUUGUCACUGUCACUGCCCUCGGUACCUGGAGGCUCAGAUCUGAUUCAUUCUGGAGGAGAUGGGCAGCUUCCUCUUUAACAGUGGCCUUACUUCUGCUUUAACCUCAGUAUUAACUGGUAGAAAUGAACAGAAAAUACGUAUUUAUAAAAUGUGAUCAGUCACUGGAGAAGAUCCUAACACUCAGAACAGUAAAUGCUCCAAUACUCGGGUUAAAGCUCCAGAAUAAGGCCACUGUAAACUCAAACUCAGCCCUCAAACUCUUUUUCUUUCUUUCUUUCUUUCUCUUUGUACAGUGGCAUUAUAUAUAUUGAGGAAGUAGUUUGUUAAUAUGUAUAAUUUAGCAGUUGCUGCAGUUUUUUUUGUAAAUAAUGAGAAAGUAUUGUGAAUGACAUUUGUUGAAUGAUGGUUUUAAAAAAAAGAAAGAAAGAAAAUCAUUUAUGGCGAAACCUCUCGGAGCUUUUAAAAAAAACAAUGUGACUACAGUACAUAGCAGAUUUUGUAUGUUAAGGCAGCAGCGUAUGAUGAACAAGCAUUAUUACUACGAGCUGAUGAAAAACUACAUGUAAAACUUGAGGAUAAUAGCUUACUGACCUUGUAAUUACGGAUGUACAUAAAAGAAUGACAGAACAUUUUUGUCUAUUAUUAAAUGUGAAAAUCCA